CCAUCUCUUUCCUCUCUAUCUCUUUCUCUCUCUCUCUAGACUUCGUCGAAGCGCCAUCGCCGAGAAAACAAGAGAGAGAGUGUUUGUUUGGCUUUCGAUAAAUCUAUCUAUCCAUUUAACCACAGAGAGAGAGAGAGAGAGAGAGAGAGAGAUAGAGAGCACACGUUAACAUCUUGCGCACCGUAGACGUCAUCAUCAGCCGUAUCCGCCGAUAAUGGCCGCUGAGCUGACUCAAGGCGGCGACGUCGUUUACUCGCCGAGGACUCUGCAAGUUUGGAGAGCUCUCCUGAACUGGCUCGGCUUCUUCUUCCAGAUCUUUCUUCAGAUCCUCAGAGCUCUAGGUCACCUUCCUCUCUUGUCUUCCUCUUCAUCUUCGUCUUCUCCAUCCUUCAAGCCCUUGCCGAAUAUCGAAUUGCCGGAGCACGAUCUUCCGGCCGAUUCCGCCGUCCAUAUUGCCGCCCUCCACGACUCCGACUCCGACGAUGUCUCCGAGGAGAAGAAACUCACGGUUGUUCUUGACUUGGACGAGACUCUAGUAUGUGCUUAUGAGACGUCUAGUUUGCCUCCUGGUGUUCGAAACCAAGCUACGGAAGCUGGCUUGAAGUGGUUUGAGCUGGAAUGCGUAUCUUCUGAUAAGGAAUUUGAAGGAAGGCCUAAGAUCAAUCAUGUUACGGUUUUUGAGCGUCCGGGAUUGCAUGAAUUCUUGAAACAACUCAGUGAAUUUGCUGAUCUUGUUCUGUUUACUGCUGGUCUUGAAGGUUAUGCCAGACCACUUGUCGAUCGUAUAGAUGAAGGAAAUCUAUUCAGUCUUCGACUUUAUCGGCCUUCAACAAUUAGCACGGAGUUUCGCGAGCAUGUUAAGGAUCUUUCCUGCAUAUCGAAGGAUAUGUGCCGUAGUGUUAUUGUUGACAACAAUCCCUUCAGCUUCUUGUUGCAACCAGUGAAUGGAAUCCCAUGCAUUCCAUUUUCUGCCGGGCAACCCCAUGACACACAGCUUUUGGAUGUCCUUCUUCCGCUCCUCAAGGAUCUCUCUCUGCAAAAAGAUGUGAGACCUAUGCUCCAUGAAAGGUUCCACAUGCCUGAAUGGUUUCAAAAGCAAGGAAUACCUCCACAAUGUUGGACGUUGGCGGACGGAUAAUAUGAAUGAACGUUCGAUUCUUUUCUGCAAUCGUUUAAACAUUUAUUCUGUUCAAAGCGGCAUCUCAUUAUUGGACUCAAUUAAUGUACAGCAUCAACUUGUACUCAGGAGAUGUCGAUGAAAGCCCGCCUUUGUCAAAGGCGUAGCCGCUGCAUCACAUGAUUAUAUAGGGGUACCAUUUAUCUAUGUACAUUUGUUCAGAACUCUGAUUCUUGUGUAACAUUGUUUAUAGGCUUGCAGUUCUCUUAGUUUUUAUAUUUUGUUGAAAGUUUGUAAAAUUGUUCGUAAUAAUUAUUGGCAGUUUACGUCCCCAUUCUGUUCCUUAAUUUCACCCA